AUGGAAUCAAGUCGAAGAGCGGUGGAAUCGUACUGGAGAUGGCGCUUGAUCGAUUCAGCUACAUCCGAUGAAGACAAAGUCACUCCUGUCUACAAACUAGAAGAAAUCUGCCAACUCCUUCGUUCUUCCCAUCCUACUAUCGUCAAGGAACUCUCAGACUUCAUUCUCAAACGCCUCGACCACUCGAGCCCCAUUGUCAAACACAAGGCUUUGAGAUUAAUCAAAUACACGAUUGGAAAGUCCAAUGCGGAGUUCAAAAGGGAAAUGCAGAGACAUGCAGUGGCAAUUCGUCAAUUGCUACACUACAAGGGUGAAUUGGAUCCUCUGAAAGGCGAUGCACUGAAUAAGGCUGUUAGAGACACUGCUCAAGAUGUUAUCUUCGCAGUCUUCUCUGCAGAUGACAACAACAAGCCACCGUCAAAUCCUGCUGCCUCUGAUCUCAACAGACGCAUACAAGGGUUUGGUAACACGAACUUUGAAGUGCCUUUGCAGGAUAAUAAGAAAUCGUUUCUCAGUGAAGUAGUUGAUAUUGGAAGUGCAACCAUUAAGCAGGGACUCAGUGCCUUGACGCAAGGGCAUUCUUCGCUUAUCAAGAAUGAAACUGGUCGCGGAACCUACAAGAACUGCAAUCUUCGUGCCUCGUUCACUGAAGAAACUGAACGUGGCGACAGAUAUGAACUGGUUACGUAUCGUAAUGAAACUCAAAGAACUUCUGGUGGAGCAUGGAAUCAAGAUUCAACAGUGAGUAGGGUGGAAAUGUCAAUUGGGGAUUCCGAUGCAUGUUAUCAAGAGAAUAAGGUACAGACACGAGAGGAUAGGUUGCUGGAGACGGUGGUGGUUUCUGGAGGUGUGCGAUUGCAACCAACUCGUGAGGCCGUUCAGGUUUUUUUAACUGAGGCUGCAAAGUUGGAUGCCAUGGAUUUAUGUCAUGCCCUUGAACGAAAGCUUCAAUCUCCGAUGUGGCAGGUUCGCAUGAAAGCUGUUUGUGUCCUUGAGUCCAUCCUUAGAAAGAAGGAUGAUGAUCAUUUUUCACGAAUGGCGUCUUACUUUUCUGAAAAUAAUGAUGUCGUGCUGAGAUGUUCUGAAUCUCCUCAAGCUUCUUUGAGGGAAAAGGCGAACAAGGUUCUUGGUCUCUUAGGUGGAGACCAACUAAACAGCUGUGCGAUUAAUUCAGAGAAGGCUGUGACUAUGAAGACUGUUGCCGUUGCUGAGUUGCCUGACUUGAUCGACACUGGUAAUUUGAAUGACUAUGAUGGAAAUGAUGAUACUACAAAGAGUACAAAUCAAAAUGUAGCAAAUCUGACAACAUCCACACCUCUGGGUGUGGCUGAUAAUUUAUUUGGAAAAAAUGAUAACGACCCCUUUUCUGAUGUGUCAUUUGAUUUUAAUGAAAACAAAGAGCAUGCAGAUGAUCUCUUUUCAGGGAUGACCGUUGGUGAUGAUAAUCUGGGUCAUAAUGUGAGUCAUGGUCUGGGUACUAGAAGCGGACCUGAAAGUAUUGACAUUUUUGCCUCUAAUUCCAGGCAUGGAAAUAAUAGCGAGUUUGUUGGUGAUUUAUUGGCUGGCUUGUCCAUUUAUGAAAACACCUCAAGUACAAAACAGAAAGCAACAUCUCCGGCCAUGCAAUCUGAAUCUUUAUUUUCUGGUUUAAAUAAUCAUGCUAGCAAUCCGGCCCCUGACAAUGAUUUAGGUGGCAUGUUGGGCUCUCAAGGCUUCAACGUAAAUCCCAUGUUUCCUUCGGGUCAUCUACCUUAUACUAUGCAGCCUGGCAUUAUGUUAAAUCAGCCAUAUUCUUCUAAGCCACUUAAUUAUGGUUCCGUAGGAAACCUCUUCGCUCAGCAGCAAUUUCUGGCAACAAUGGCUAAUUUCCAACACUUUAAUAACGUCAACAAGAAAGAUGGUGGUACUUCUGCAACUGCUGGACCCAAUGGAAGAACACCUCUUCCGGACAUAUUCCAAUCAAAUUUUCCAACUCAAACUCCUAGCUCCCCGACCAACAGUUCAAUGAAAGAACAAACUAAAGCAUUUGAUUUUAUCUCGGACCAUCUUGCGGCUGCAUAUGAUCCGAGGAGAGUGAUUUGAAAUUUCAAAAUUGUACUGUUGUGGGG